CCGUAAAAGUCGAGGCAAAAAGUAGCCAACGCAGCGAAAGAAAGCAAAAUCAUUCACUCUCCAGCAAUUUCUUCAGAUCAGACUCACAACACAACGGACGCCAUAAAUAUCAUCAAAUUGCACUUCAAUAAUCAAAUCACAUUCCUACAAAUGAUUGCAGGAGUCUCUGUGAAGCCAUUGUUCAUUGCAAUCUUCACUUUCUCAGUGUUGCUUGCUGUCAUUUUACUAUCUCCUUCAACGACGUCAUUCUCUUCAGGCCAACUUUCUUCUCCAGAUUCAUACACGUAAGCGUUCUUCUAAAUGAUACCGCAGUUUUUUUUAUUGUUUAAUUCGAUUCUUCAUUAAAUUCUUAUAUCUUUGUUGAUUAUUUUGUGUAAAUUGUAGAGGGAAAUCAUUGGAUAUAUGGAGUGUUAAAAGGGUUUUAGAGUGGCGCCCUUGUAAAUGGUGGCUUCAAGGACAUCUUUCAGACAAUUCCAUUGGUUUUUUUGUUGAAAUCAUGCAGCUCUACCAGCAGAAAGUAAUGGAUAUGUCCGAGUGGAUUGUUAUGGUGGCCUCAAUCAGAUGAGAAGAGAUUUUUGUGAUGGUGUUGGCAUUGCCCGUUUGCUGAAUGCAACUCUAGUUUUGCCCAAGUUUGAAGUGGCUUCAUAUUGGAACGAGUCAAGCGGCUUUGCAGAUGUAUUUGAUGUAGAUUACUUCAUUCAACAGAUAAAUGGUUUUGUUAAAGUUGUUAAGGAAUUGCCACCAGAGAUUGCAUCAAAAGAACCGUUUCGGGUAGACACUAGCAAACGCAAAGGUCAAUUUGAUUAUAUUGAAAGUAUUCUCCCAUCCCUAUUGGAGCACCAUUAUAUUUCACUUACGCCAGCAAUGAGCCAAAGAAGGGACAGGUAUCCUUUGUAUGCAAAGGCUGCACUUUGUCAAGCUUGUUAUAGUGCUUUACGCCUUACACGAUCCUUGGAAAAGAAAGCUUCAGAACUUCUGGGAGCUAUACCAAAACCCUUUCUUUCCCUUCACCUUCGAUUUGAACCUGAUAUGGUUGCAUACAGCCAAUGUGAGUACUCAGGCCUUUCUCCUGCAUCAAUGAAAGCCAUUGAAGCUGCAAGGGUAGAUAGAAAACCAUGGACUGGAGAGUUGGCUCGUAUUUGGAGAAGAAGGGGGAAGUGUCCUCUCACCCCUAACGAGACAGCCAUCAUAUUUCAGGCGCUUGCUAUUCCCACAAAAACAAAUAUAUAUCUUGCAGCUGGGGAUGGCCUGAUGGAGAUUGAAGGCUUAACAUCUGUGUACACAAAUGUUUUUAAAAAGUCUGAGCUUCUUAGUGGUGAGGACUUUAUAAACAUGCAUGGGAACACAAAAGCUGCCUUGGAUUAUUAUGUAUCUAUUCAUAGUGAUUCAUAUAUGGCUACCUAUUUUGGUAACAUGGAUAAGAUGGUUUCUGCAAUGCGAGCUUACAAGGGGCUCUAUAAAACCCUAUUCUUAAGCCGAAGAGCCUUUUCAGAGCUCACCUUUCAGGGCUUGAGAGGGAAGGAAUUGAUGCAAGCCUUAUGGAAAGCUCACAAAGAAGAUUUUGUCAUGGGUAAAGGGUCUGCUUUGCCCGACUGUUUUUGUGAAUUUAAAUUGUGACACGAGGUUUAUGUGUCUUUUAUCGUGAUUUAAUCAUGUAAUAUUAGUUUUGUAUUGUAUCUGUUACAUUGCUUCCUUGUGUUCAUUUUCAGAAAGUUAAGAGGCCUAUUAUCAAAAACCGAUUAAAAUAGGAAACAACAAUCAGUUUUGGCAA